AUGGCAGUUUAUAUCAUCGUGAAUAUUGCAUCAUUCAGGAAACAAAAUGCACGCAAUUACAUGAAUCAUUUAUUCUUCAAUUACUAUCAAAUACGCAUUUACCCGUUUGAAAUCUUGAAUAUUAAAAGCAUUGCAGAAAUGAAUGGUUUUGCAUACUUUGAUCUUGAGCCUAUUAAAUAUAUCAAGCUUCUCAACAAAUUGAAGAUUUUGAAAAUCCUUCAAGUCCGUUAUCUUCAUCCAAAUGAAAACCCCUCUUUAAUACUUGUUUCUCCAUCAAUGAAUGGCCAGAAUUAUCACUCAUGGUUUCGUUCCAUGAGAAUAUUUCUUCUAUCAAAGAAUAAACUCAAAUUUAUGGAUGGAAGCAUAUCUGUUCCAUCUAAAGAAGAUGUAAUUUUUCAUGUUUGGGAGCGCUGCAAUAAUAUGGUUCUUUCUUGGAUUUUGAGAUCUUUAUCUCCUUCCAUUGCUCAAAGUAUCUUGUGGAUGGAUAAUGCAUUAGAUUGUCACUAUGAUGUGUUAAAGAUAGUGAAAGAUUAUCAAGAAGGAGAUUAUGUAAUAAGGUUUUUGAAAGGUUUAAAUGAGUGUUUUUCUGUUGUCAAAACUCAGACUCUAAUGAUGGAUCCAUUGCCAAAAAUUAAUAAAGCUUUUUCAUUAGUUUUGCAACAUGAAAGACAGAUGGGUGUUGGGGUUAUUGCUACAAAGAAUAAUGAAUCUGUAAUUUUUACUACACAAGGUAAUACUUCUUUUCAGAAGAAUUUUCAAGGGAAUGGUUCUUUUCAGGGUGAUAGGAUUUAUAGACCUCUUGUGAAUAGUUAUAAUUUUAGGCCUCAAGGAAGACAGGGGGGACAAAAGAGAUUUUAUGCUGCACCAAUAAUGGAAAAUGCUUGUUAUUAUGAUCAAGAACAAGUGAGUGAAGUAAAUAAGGCUAGAAUGGAUGAAGGAGAUAAGCAUGAUAAUAAUAAUGGUGGUAUUGCUUUGCAUAAUUCUUCUACUGCUAUCACUCAAGAACAGUAUAAGCAACUAAUGAGCUUGUUACAUCAAAACAACAUGGGUUCUUCUAUUACACCAAGAGUCAAUACUAUCUCUACUAAGGCUGGUUCUAAGGUUGGCGUUAUCUCAACACAGGAGACAGGUACACAUUUGUUUGCAAAAUCUUAUUUUAAGUCUUUUGUGGCUUGUUCUUUUAAUAAGAAACCUGCAAAUAUAAUAUGGAUAAUUGACUCGGGUGCUACUGAUUAUGUUGUAUGCUCUUUAGAUGCUUUUACCUCAUAUAAAUUGGUGUAUAAUGUGUUUGUCACUUUGCCUAAUUUUCAAAAACUUGCUGUUACACAUAUAGGAGUUGUUAGAUUUUCUGAUGAUCUUAUUUUGAGGGAUGUGUUAUUUGUUCCUGAUUUUUCUUUCAAUUUAAUUUCUACAAGUAAAUUAACUGCACAAUAUGAUUAUUGCUUUAUACUCCAUAAAAAUAUUUGUGUUAUACAUGAUCCUAUCAACUGGAGGAUGAUAAGAUUAGCUAAGCAAGUACAAGUGUUAGAUUCUUCUGUUACUGCCAACAAUAUAUGGCAUUUUUGUUUAGGUCAUUUGGCCAAUUCUAGACUAAAAUAUAUCUGGGGACCAUCUAAGGUUCAUUCUUUAUAUGGACAUAGGUACUUUCUAACAAUUGUUGAUGACAAAAGUAGGUAA